UUAUCGAAAAGGCGAAAGUGACACCUUUCACGAGCACAUAAAGGUGUUAAACUCACAUUUUCCAUUUUAUCGUUUUUUUUUUCCUUAUUCGCAAUCGUUUUUCCACACCUCGUAAAUAUAUGCCCAAUAGUCAGUUUCUCUUGGCCUCGCAGUCCUAAGUAUUCGCAUAUUAAAAGAAAAAAAAAAAAACCCUUUCAGAUUCGCUCCUUUCAUUCAACAAAAUGAAUAGCGAAUCAGUAGAUAUCGAAUACCUGGAGAACAACCAAUACUCUGAUGAAGGAAUAAAAGCCUAUGAAUUUAUAUUUGGAGAGGAUUACAUUUCCUCUGGAGGAAUAGUUGCAACGACGAAAAUUUUGAGCGACAUACAUUUGGAACCAAAUUCGAAAGUACUAGACAUCGGCUCCGGCCUCGGUGGCGGCUGCAAAUACAUAAAUCAGAAGUACGAUGCGUAUGUGCACGGAGUGGACAUUUGCGAAAAGAUGAUCACCGUAGCCAAGCUAAGAAACAAAGAUAAAGCAAAGAUCGAAUUUGAAGCAAUGGAUAUUCUGAAGAAAGACUUUCCAGAAAGCACGUUCGACAUGAUAUACAGCAGAGACUCCAUUUUACAUUUGCCUUAUGUGGACAAAAAAAAGUUAUUUGAAAAAUGCUACAAGUGGCUAAAGCCAAAUGGAAUUCUCUUAAUAACCGACUACUGUGCUGAUAAGAUAGAAAAUUGGGACGAAGAAUUCAAGGCCUACAUUCAGAAGAGAAAGUAUACCCUCCUUCCUAUCCAAGAUUAUGGAGAUCUGAUUAAGUCGUGCAAGUUCCAAAAUGUGGAAGCAAAGGAUAUAAGCGACUACUGGCUGGAGUUACUACAGAUGGAACUCAACAAAUUGGAGGAAAAAAAAGACGAGUUCUUGAAGGUGUACCCAACUGAGGAGUAUAACUCCUUGAAGGACGGGUGGACCAGAAAGAUUAAGGACACCAAGAGGCACCUGCAAAAGUGGGGCUACUUCAAGGCGCAGAAGAUGAUCUGAUUUGCAGGCAAGGGGUG